GGAGACUUGACAGGUAUGAAAGAACUGGGCAGUGUUGAUCUGUUAAAGCCCAGUUGGUGUCCCGCCCUGAGAGAAAGGCUCUGCUCUGUAUUCCUCAGUUCAGUUCAGACACUCGGGUGGAGGAACAGCAGCUGUGCUUUGACUGUAUUGAUCCACUGGUGCCAAAGAUGUUUCUGGCUAAGAAACUGAUUGGAGGGCUUAUUGAUGUUGUCAGCAACAUCGACCCUGGCCAAUUUGUUCCCUCAAACCCUCCUCCACCUAGCAGGCCUUAUGUAUAUGCUGAAGCAAAUGAGACUGAUGAGGAGAGACAGUUCCGGAAAGUGUUUCAGCAGCUCGCUGGUGAUGACAUGGAAGUAAGCCCUGCUGAACUGAUGAACAUCCUCAACAAAAUCAUCUCUAAACAUGGUGACCUGAAGACAGAUGGCUUCACUAUUGAGUCCUGCAGGAGUAUGGUGGCGGUCAUGGAUAGUGACAGUACAGGGAAACUGGGCUUCCAUGAGUUCAAACACCUGUGGAACAAUAUCAAGAAAUGGCAGGGCAUCUAUAAGCAGUUCGAUGCAGAUUGCUCUGGUGUGAUUGGAGCUGACGAACUGCCCAAUUCAUUUAAAGCUGCAGGCUUCCCCCUGAAUGAUCAGCUCUUCCAGCUGAUUAUCCGCAGAUACAGCGACGAGAAGGGAAAUAUGGACUUUGAUAAUUACAUUGGCUGCCUGGUGCGCCUGGACGCCAUGUGCCGUGCCUUUAAGACACUGGAUAAAGACAACAAUGGCUCCAUCAAAGUGAACAUCCAGGAGUGGCUGCAGCUGACCAUGUACUCCUGAGCAUCUCGCCAUGCCAGCAACCGAUGUCCACUUCAUCAGACUCCUCUAUGCCUACCCCUGAUAGCCUGUUUUAAUAACUUCACACAGCACCUUCACACACACACACACACACACACUCUGUUUUAACACUAGUUUAAUUUCGCUCAAUCACGAGCUAGUGCUUAUUUACGUUUUUAACUAUAUUAUUCAGCGUUACUGAUAUAACACAGGGCACGUGUUAUUAGUGUAUUAGUCCAGUAGGGGGUGCCAAUGCGAAACUGAAGGAAGGGACUGAACAGUGCCCAGUAACCUAUUUUAUAUUAAAUAAAGAAUUUAAAAAAAUUAAAA